AUGAAGGCCAUUGCGCUCUCCAAGGAGGAGGAGGAGGAGGAGGAGGAGGAGGAAGAGAAAUACCCGGAUGGCGCUUGUACGCCGUUUUUUAGGUUACACGUGUUCUCGCGAGAGGAGGAGGAGGAGGAGGAGGAAGAAGAGGAGGAGAAGGUGAGGAAGGCAGGACGAGGAGAGGAGGGAAAAAGCCCUCCAUCACGUCCAAGAGAGGGCCGUUUCGAAAAACCAUUUCCGGACACAAUUCGCAACGGGGCUUUAAAUGUAUUUCACGAUGAAAUAAUAUACGAUCCAGUUUGCGCCGGGCGCCGGAGCUUUAAUUCCUCAGCAAACAGCCCUUCUAUCCCAUUACGGCCACCUGUCGGCGGCUGUUCGGGGGCGAUCACCUCCACGGCGAUGAUAAACACGGGCCAUUUACAGACGAGCGAUAACGGCGAUAAAAUGGAUGCUAAGACUUAUACGUUAAUGCCGCUCCGAGGCGGAGUCUACCGAUAA